CCCUCCUCUCCUGCUGACGGCCGCCUCUUUUCUCCCCCGGCUUGCCCUCCCCGCGCCUCAUUUCCUCGCCAGCCGGGCUAGAGGAUGGAUGGUGGAGGGGAGUCGCCGCCGCCGCCGCCGCCGCCCUUCUAAGCGAAGGAGGCCCUGCGCGGUCCCUUCCCGCGGCCAAAAGGGACCCGAGUCGCCCGCUCGCUUGGGCUGGGCAGUCCGGAGGCCAGCCGAUCGGCCGGCCGGCUCCUGCAUCCUCAUCAGCGGCAGCAGCAGCAGCCUCGAAAACCUCGCGUCCCGCGGCUAAGCGGGAGGUCCGCGGGGGCGCCCCUGCAUAGCGGGCCUGGAGUGGCCCGCCUUCCUUCCCGCCGGACCCUGAAGGAGAAGGCGACGAGGGGGGGGCGUUUUCGUCUCCCGCCCUCGACCUCCCCAGGACUGGCGACCUGCUUCGGCAGGGGCCGCAUGCGGAGGAAUGCGGAGGAUGGCGCCGGCGCUGGCGCUCUGCAAAGGCCGGCGCACGCGGUUGCCGGUGGGCGCCAGCGCGUUGGGCUUCCUGGUGCUCUACUGGCUGUACGUCUUCCCGGUCUACCGGGUGCCGGACGAGAAGGAGAUCGUGCCCGAGGUGCUCCGGCAUCAGGGCAAAGCUUGGCGGAGGAACCUGAGCGCCGCGGCCGAGUUCAGGAAACUUCUCAAAGACUGUUGCGAUCCGAGCCAUCUCGUUGCAAUGACGAAACAAAAUUCGCCAGUGGGAAAGAGCGUCUGGUACGAUGGCGAAUUUCUGUACUACUUCACAAUCGACAACGAAACCUUCUCACUCUUUCCAGAGGAGAUUCCAUUCCAGCGGCCAUUGAAGAGAUGUUCUGUGGUGGGCAACAGUGGCAUUCUGAAGAACAGCCGCUGCGGCAAGCAGAUCAAUCAAGCGGACUUUGUCAUGAGAUGUAAUCUUGCUCCACUAGGCAAUGCAUACAGCAAUGAUGUAGGAUCAAAAACUCAACUGGUAACUGCAAAUCCCAGCAUAAUUAAUAACAGAUUCCAGAAUCUUCUUUGGUCCCGAAAAACAUUUGUGGACAGCGUUGAAGUCUACAACCAGAGCUACAUCUAUAUGCCAGCUUUCUCCAUGAAAAUAGGGACUCAACCUUCUCUCCGAGUGUACUAUACCCUCACUGACGUGGGAGCCAAGCAAAAGGUGAUCUUUGCCAACCCUAACUUCCUACGGGACAUUGGCAAGUUUUGGAAGAGCAAAGGGAUUCACGCUAAGCGGCUUUCAACCGGCCUCUUCUUGGUCAGCGCAGCUCUUGGUCUUUGUGAAGAAGUGACAAUUUAUGGUUUCUGGCCCUUUUCAGUGGACCUCCAUGGGCGGUAUAUUAGCCAUCAUUACUACGAUAACAUCUUGCCAGAUUCCGGCUUCCACGCCAUGCCGGAGGAAUUCUUACAGCUGUGGUUUCUCCACAAGAGAGGAAUCUUACGAAUGCAGCUGGAGGAUUGUGAGGAUUCUUGAUUUUGCUCUACAAAGGAGCACAAAACGUUUGUGUUUUUACAGUUGCCGAUGUUUACUUGAUUUGCCAUCGGCAUAAAGAACAAACCAAGGAAUAUUGUGGGGUGGGGGUGGGUGAGAGGGGUUUGUGGAAACCUUUUAACAAAUGUGCAUGCUAUUGUAGGGAAAAUAGCACGAAGGAACAUUAGAUAUGUCCAGUGCCUUCAGUUCAUAAAAAAUUAAUAAAGAUGCAACAUCUCCAGGGGGGCUGCUUCCCCCCCCCCACAGCCGAGCAUGCAUCCAAGAUGCAUUUUUAGUAAAUUAAAAAUUGAUGUAGCCCAACCCGUUAAUCAAAAGUAGCUGUUUCGGUAUUUAUUGGUGCUUAACGUUUUACUUUUACUGAAUUACAAUUGAUAUCUUACAUUGGAGAAAUGGAUGGGAAUGUUUGAGAAUAUUUGAACAGUCGGCAACUUAUCAGGACCUGCUGAGGGUCAAAAAUCACAUCACUCAAGAAGGGCCUUGUUAGGAGAAACAUAGAUUACCAGGAUAGGUUAACAAACAUUACUUAAAGGAUGAUUGCUAUUAACAUCAGUGUUCCAUAGAUGCUUGGCUUAAUUCAAUUUGAGUUUGCUCCAAUCUUAUUUAAAGUAUACAGUGUUUGUGUGUGUGUGUGCAUGUACACACACACACACAAACACACGUGCAGCAUAUACAUGUAUGUAUGUCUGUGUAUAUAUACAUACACAUACAUAUAACAACGUACAUUAAAAGUUUUAACUGCAGUGAUAAGAACUGAAACUAUAACAACAGAGAAAACUAAAAGAAAACAGAAAUAAAAGAAAAGCUAAAAGCGCCGUAAGAAAAAAAGUUAGAAGGAAGUGCGAAACAGGGAAAUUAAUGAUAUAUACCAAGGGGAGGCAACGUUGGCUCUUUUAUGACUCGUGGACUUCAACUCCCAGAAUUCUUGAGCCAGUAUGGCUCCUCUUGGAAACCUCUCCCUUUCCCCUCAGCAUGGCUGGCUCAGGAAUUCUGGGAGUUGAAGUCCACGAGUCAUAAAAGAGCCAACGUUGCCUACCUUUGAUACAUACAAAGAAGUAGGUUGCAAUAGUCUUCCCAGCAGGUAUAAGCACAAUGAUAUUUUAACCUCCCUCUCUAAUGUCACAUCACGACAUGCUGCAUCUUGGUGAAAAACUAUGCUGUCUAUUCAUCAAAACCAUAAGUCACAAGGCAGCACUGAUGUUCCCUAUUUUGGGCAAUGAAACUUCUGCAAGACAACAAGCAAGCUUAGAGAGCACCAAGGACCCCUCAUUUUCAACCCUGAACUACAAAUGUUCUCUUUUAUUGGUACAAGGUGAUGGGUUUCAUUUUAGGCCAAAAGUCCAUCGCAGGGUUUCCACUCACCAAUACGUGUAGAUCUUCUCCUUUCUCCAAUCAGAAUAGUCCCUUUGCCCACCUCAACAAGUUCUGUCACCGUCACCACCCACUCUUCCAACCUAACAAAAACAAUUUUGCAUGAAAUUAUAUUUCCGUUUUACUCUGGAGCUGGAAUAGCAGAAUAACCCUGGGCCAAAUGACUGGCGGUGUGGAGUGAAAGAGAACACCUUUUAAGUUUUUCCUCCAUCUUAGUCUCCAUUUCAGGAAGCUGCACAGAUUUAAGAAAUGUUACGUCAUAGGGAGCACUUCCUGACAUAAACAUAAGGCAAGACUUAAGGCAAGAUCAGCUUGGCCAUGUAGCACUUCUUGUAUUUAGAUAUGAGGUGCAAAAAUGAUCCCCGGUUAGCUAGGAUCAAGUCCAAUUACUGGUUAGCCCAGUGGUUUUCAACCUUUUUAAUGCCGCGACUUCCUACCGGUCGUAAGUUGAGGACUACUCAACUGGUCGUAAGUCGAGGACUACUCAACUGGUGCA